UUUCCCACCCAAAAACAUAUGACAAGUGACCAAAACAUCAUUAUUGUGAUAUAUAUAUAUAUAUAUACAGAUCAGGACCCAAACAACAUAAAAUCUUAAACUCAAAUUUGCCUAGAUUUUCCAAAAGGUGCCUAGAUUGGCCAUAUUUUUCCAAAGUUGAAGAUUUUUGAAGAUUUUGAAGAUUUUUGUUGGAUGGCUUCUUCAUUUCCCCGAAGUGGACACUCAAGGACAAAUGAUCAAAGACUAUGUUAUUGUGGAGAGAGAUUCCUGUAAAGACUUCAAUGACAAACGAUCCAAGACUAAGUUAUUGUGGAGAGAGAUUCCUGUGAAGACUUCAAUGACAUCUGGAAAUGUGGGUAGAAGUUUUUAUGGUUGUGCAAGAUAUGGGGUUGAUGCAACUUGUGGCUACUUUGAAUGGGUUGAUCCACCCAUGUGCCAAUGUGGGAGGGAGGUGUUGCCAAAGAUGGUUGCAAAGAUGAACCGAUUGAAGAAAGAACAAGCAACAAGUCGUAGAAGGGAGAGAAUGUCUGGCAAUAGCGCUACUUAGAAUUUGUGGACUCUUUGCAUUUCAAUCUCUUUUUAUUCUUCAUACUGUUCAGCAGAAGAUAAAUUUCUGGGUGAAAGGUGUACUGCUGAUUUCAUUCAACAUUCAAUUGCAUAAUUGUCAAAAGAGAGACUUUUUUGAUAUAUAUUAUGCAAAAAAUAAACAGCAAUUCAACAUAGUUGGAUGGUAUAUUAAUAAUGUUUUUUUCACGACUUUUGAAGAAUUCCAACACUGGAAAAAAGAAAAUGAAUAGUUGAUUGUGUUGAUCAUUUGAAAACACAUU